AUGAAGCUAAGCUAUUUCCAACUCGGCUCAUUAGCCAUCAUGAAGGCUAUACAUGUUCUCGGGGACGACAAUGUCCCCAAUUCCUCCCCGGAAGCUAUUACUGAACGGGCCAACUUUAGUGUAGUCUACGAAACCCUCGAAAGAGGACCCGGAAGCAUGGCAUCCUUUCUGGAAUUUGAAGACCACGAUAAUGUUACACUGCGUUAUACUUUUUCUAACAACGAGAACGCGAGCGUGUCAGUUGUUGCAGUCGGUGGCGCCCUCCAUGACAUUUACACUAAUGAGAUUGCCGCUAACAUUAGCGCGGCUGCCCUUGGUCCAAUUCCUGUUGCAGUCAACGAAACAGUCGAGUUUCAGCAAAUAAUCAACCUUGUCUUGAAGGAGGGAAACUAUAUUUUGUCGCCCGAUGUAUACGUGGAAAGAAACGAAGAAGAGACUAUAAGGGUCAUUGCAAAUCCCAAUCUUAUUAGAAUUUUACCUCCUGCGAUGUCGUUCUUCAACCCUCAGUUUAUGUUCGUUCAGCUCAUUUUAGCCGCCCUCAUUGCUGGUUUCUCCUAUCUGACCUUUUUCAAAACUGAUAAGUCCAGUGGUGCCCGUGGGCAAAAAAGCAAGAAGUCAAAGGCCGGACCAGCAUCCCAAAACCUCGACGCUUCGUGGCUUCCUGAAAAUCAUCAAAAGAAGUAA